UCCCGGUGCUCCCUCCCUCUCCCCCCGGUGCUCCCGGUGCUCCCUGUCCGCUCUCCUCCCGAGGUUGUCUCCGGGACCUGGCCAGCCCCGCCCCCGGCGACCCGCCCUCCGGCCGGUCCUCGAGCCGGCCCUCCCGGGGCGGAGAGCAGCCGAGACCCGCGGGGCCCGGGAGUGGGACGGCGGGACCCUCCGCCGGCGGCGACGACGACGACAUGGCCGGGAACAACCUGGAGCUGUGCCAAAGGCAGGCGGACGAGGUGACGGAGAUCAUGCUGAACAACUACGAGCGCGUGCUGGAGCGGGAUGGGAAGUUGUCGGACCUGGAGCAGCGUUCGCAUCAGCUACUGGACAUGUCGUCGGCGUUCACCAAGACGACCAAGACCUUGGCUAAGAAAACGUACUGGGAAAAGUGGCGCUGCCCUCUCAUCGUGGGUCUGGUCCUAGGCGGGGUUGUGCUGCUGCUGAUUGUGAUUUUGCUCGUGGUCUUCUUGCCCCGAGGUGAAGGGGGCUGACCCGAGCCCUGGGGGCACCCUGGGCCACCCUUCUCCCCAUCCCACCCCGCUACACACACCACACACAUACACACACACGCACACACAUCCUGCAGUGCCUUGGAGGACGAAACUUUGGGCUUCAUUUUGUCUCACGCAAAAACCUGGUGGUUUCUCUGCUGCCCAUGUGCCCAGGGUGUGGGCCCCCCCCCAUUACCGGGUUUGCCCAUAACGCCUUAAAAACUGCUGUUUGGGACAGACUGCGAGGGUGAUUUCUGCAAGUGCUUGGAGCAGAAUGCCCAUUAGUGCUCCACCGAGAAGCAUGGCCUGUCUCUUUUUUUUUUAGUGGCAUUUGUUAAUCACUUACCAUGUGUGAGGCACUGUACUAGGCCCUGGGAUAAA